AAAAUUUGUUACAAACAUUAUUUUAGAGAGAGGAGCAAGGAACAGUGUAUAGAAGAGAAAGAAGAUUGGGGUUGAGUUGAGGAUUAGGGUUAGGGUUUGAUCGCACGCAAUGGCUGGCACCGGCAUCCACCCAUACCAUCAGCAAUGGCCCCCAGCGGCCGCCGCUCCUCCUCCGCCACCUCCAGCUGCCGCGGCCGCUCCUCCUCACGCCGGCGACGAGGUUCGAACGAUAUUCAUAACCGGUCUUCCCGAGGACGUGAAAGAGAGGGAACUUCAGAAUCUGCUGAGAUGGUUACCCGGCUUUGAAGCUUCUCAGUUGAAUUUUAAAGCGGAAAAGCCAAUGGGUUUCGCUCUGUUCACCGCUCCGCACCAAGCACUCGCGGCCAAAGAUAUUCUCCAGGACAUGCUCUUCGAUCCUGACACCAAGUCCGUCCUCCACACUGAGAUGGCCAAAAAGAAUCUCUUCGUGAAAAGGGGAAUUGGAGCUGAUGCUGGUGCUUUCGAUCAAAGUAAACGAUUAAGAACGGCUGGGGAUUAUACACAUACUGCUUAUACAUCUCCAUCCCCUUUUCAUCCUCCCCCGCCACCUGUUUGGGGGCCACAUGGAUACAUGGCUCCACCACCACCUCCUCCAUAUGAUCCAUAUGCGGGCUAUCCGGUUGCACCUGUACCAAUGCCUACUCCUGCUCCCAUAGCAGCGCCUAGUAGUUAUGUUCCAGUUCAGAACACAAAAGAUAACCCUCCUUGCAACACCCUGUUUAUUGGGAACUUGGGAGAGAACAUAAAUGAGGAAGAAGUAAGGGGCCUUUUCAGUGUACAACCUGGUUUUAAGCAAAUGAAGAUUUUGAGACAGGAGAGGCAUACAGUUUGCUUCAUUGAGUUUGAAGACGUGAAUAGUGCUACCCAUGUGCACCAUAACCUGCAGGGUGCUGUUAUCCCAAGUUCUGGCUCCGUUGGCAUGCGGAUACAAUAUUCAAAAAAUCCAUUUGGAAAAAGGAAAGAUAAUAUUCCUAUUGCUGUUCCCACUGCUAAUGGAGCUCCACCAACAAUGACUUAUCAGUAGCUUGAAGGGGAUGUAAACUUUGUUGGCUUUGGUGAACUACAAUCAAAUUAGGUUGCAACUUCUGUCGAUUAUCAAUCAAGUGAAGCCGCCCCCUUUGAGUUAUAUUCAUUAAACAGUUGACUGACUUAUUUUGUCCACUACAUGCUAAUUCUUUGCUAGUUUUCAAAAUCUAUUAUUGUAGCAAAAGUUUAAUUUGUGUAACAGAAGAAACUGAUAGGUCAAGAAUAAAUCCCGAGGAAAAUGGAGUAAUGGGUGUAGAAUUCUCACCCUACUACUGGGUUCAUUAUUUUUUAUGAACAGUGGUCCAAGUUUUGCAAUGAAAAUUGCAACUUCGGAGUUGAGUAUCAAACUAGACACAUCAAUUGUUGUACUAAAUUCAAUUCUACCCAACACUGAUGCAUCAGAGCGCUGGGUGCUUUUGUUAGAACUAAAGCCAACAAUUCACCGUUAUUAAUGGGCAUUUUUCCGCUGACUACGUUUGCAGUAUUUUCCAGAGGAAUGAAAUGACAUUUUAGCAGCUUUA